AACGCCUCUCAAGCUCUUCGCUGAGCUUUUUUUUUUCUAGUAAACCCUAGAUUUCUCUCAUCCACCUAUACAUCCAUGGCUGCUGAGCUUAAGCUCCAUCCAUAUAAUAACAAGAGUGGAACCAAGGCUUCUUCUUUAAGAAGAAAGAGCCAUGGCUUUACAACCAAGUGUGUUUCCUUGAUCAAGGAGCAACGUGCCCGUAUCUAUAUCUUACGCCGUUGCGCCACCAUGCUUCUCUGCUGGUACAUCCAUGGCGAUGACUAAGCACCUCUAUAUACAGCUUCUGCUAUGUAUACAUAUAUAUACAAUCUCAUCUUUGCCCUGUACUUCCUUAUUCUUGUUCUAUAUUCUUCGCAAUAAGGCCUCACGCAGAUCAUCAAUCAUACGUAUGCUGUUUCGGUUUGGUUUCAUGGGCUAAGCUGCGGCUUUAUCUGCUAUAUAUCUAUAGCAUUAUUUUCUCCUGGUGUGCAUAUUCCAUUUUUUUUACCCAAUUGAGAGGAAUCCAUCAACUGGGUUUUUGGGAGCACAGGAGAUAUGUUGAUAAUUAAUAGCUGCACUUGCGUUUUCACCAGCCGGGCCUCAAGUGUCAAUAAUGUAAGAAAACUGAAGCUGUGUUGAAAUAAACAUGGAAGGAUCUCAUAAUCUUCUCAUGGUGUUAUGAUCUAUGUACAUUUAGGGUUGUUUGCCUGUUGAUGUAAGGGUUAAUUGCAACUUCGUAUUUGUUUUUUUCUCCCCAGUGUACUCAUUUUGAGAUUAACAUGGAUAACAUGUUAUGAAACUUCCAAGAACAUAGGAGAGGGAGAACUUUCAUGUUAUAAAUGUAAUUGCUUGUAACCAUGGAUCAAUGGAUUAUCCAUAUUAUAAC